CAUGCUCAAAUAAGUUGGAGUCGAAAUCGAAGUCGAAGAACUCUAAGAAAUCCAAAGAGAUGGUAGGUAGUUGUGAUCGUAAAACUGAAGAAUCAGCCGCCAAAAGUAAGAAGCAAAAUUUGGCAGACGACACAAUUCAAGGUCUUGGCCCAUCAUGCAAUUAUUUGAAGUUUAUCAUCAAUACGGCGCCCGGUGAUGUAUAUAAAAAUACUUCAAUCCCAUUGCCCGCUUCGGUUUGGCAUUAUGACGAAGAUCGACAAACUUAUGUAAAUGAGGUUGACGUUGAAGAGUUCCUUAGAGGGGCGUGCCUCAACAUUUCAGUGAUCCAAGUCUAUAUGAUGUGUUUAUUCCACGAACACACCUUUGCAUUUGACAACUCUCAGAUUGGGUUUGUUUGUCCCGAGGCAAUGUCAAGCUCUAGAAUCAAGGCCAACCCUCAGGCUGCAUCAAUGUAUUUGAAAGUAGUUUUCAAUGCUGAAAUUGAAAAGGAGAAGAAGGGUGAUCCUAACAUUACCAAGUGGUUUUUGAUCCCAUACCAUCAAGAAAAUCAUUGGAUUUUGUACGUGUUAGACCUACGUAGAGGUUGUGCGUAUAUUUUCGACUCUGCGAUAGGUUCCAACCGAGAAAAUAGUGCAUGGGGAAUCUUGUGUUUGGCAUACCAAGUGUACAAGUUUAAUGAUGGGAUUUGUCCGAAUAGAGCGACUAUGCAGGGGUUGAAAGGCUUCCAUGUAAAGUGUGCUCAACAAGUCGGCGCCCGCGAGUGUGGCUAUUACGUUAUGAAGUUCAUGCAUGAAAUAGUCACGUUACACCAUAACACUGAUGAGCGGCUUACACUCCAAGAAAUGCGCCUUAUACCGAUGAGGAAAUAGAUGUGGUUCGUGAGCAAUGGGCUAAGUUUUUUACAACCGAGUAUUUAUUUACUUAGGUUGUUUAGACACAAAGAUGGAAGCGUUUAUAUCUUCAUGGAUUUGGUAAAGUUCUUUAAUUUUUCCAUAAUUACAAGUCUGCUGGAUUUGCUAAUUUAUUGCUUUGAAUACUAAUCUGCUGGUCUUGCUGCUGCUGCAUGUGAAUUCUGAUCUGGUGGUCUUUAGAAUUUCACUUCCAUCUGUGUGUUUCUCCUCUGUUUGCUUCUGUUGCUGCUCU